CGGACACACUCUGUGACUAGUGUCUGGCUGGCUGUCAAGUACAGUUGUCAUUUGUAUUUGUAGUUAUUUUGGAGUAUAUUUUGGUACGAUGGCUGACCCAAAAUAUGCCAAUUUGCCGGGCAUUGCUUAUGACCAACCAGAUGUUUAUGAAACAGAUGAUUUACCAGAGGCAGAUCAAAAUGAUGACACCUAUGAGGAGGAAAAUGAAUGCAUUGAAAGAUUACAUCUCAGUGCCUCUGAAUCGUAUUUGAAGUUUAAAGAUAAACAUUUAUCUGGCAAUGCGGUUGACUUUUCGGACCGCCUGAAAAAGGUCCCAAACAGGGGCUAUGAUGCUAGGUCAGGUGUAUGGGAAUUGGCUGGGGAGGGAGAAAAGGAAACUAUUCUUCAGAAAUACCAGCGACUGCAGUGUGAGAUGAAAGAGUUCCUGGAAGAAGUAGCAACCUUGAAGGAGGAGGCUAAAGGUAAUAAGGGUUCAUCUUCGGAUCAGACAGCUGGUUACAAAGCUUUGGCUGCAAAUAUUGAGCGUGCUCAGAAGCAACUGUCUGAAUUUCGCUUGGAAGAGACUCUUGGACCAGAAUUACUGGCAUCAUUGAAAGACCCAGAGACAGCACAAAUCAAGAAACUCUUUGCUCAUUUUGAAACUUACAAACAAAAGAGUACUAAAUCUACCGAUUUGAAUUCAAAACAGAAGACAGCUCCAGCAGGUCCUGCAGGGGAUGGUUUAUUGUACCAAUUACGUUAUCGUCCUGAGCAAAGUCAACUUCAGCAAACAUCCCGUGUUGCUGAGUUGGAACAGCGCUUAAAUAAGCUAGAGAGUGUUCUUGGAACAUCCAAUGAAAAUAUGGCUCGAUUGGGAUCAACCUUACACAAUCAAAGCAUCACAGAAGCAGUAGAAAAGUUAGAGAGCCGAUUUGCUUUGCUGGAGCCCACACAAAUUGAAACUGCUGAAGGCAGGUUGACUGGUUUGGCCAGUAAAAUGGAUGUUGUUGCUGAAAAAGUCAAUGGGCAGUCUGACCCUGAGAAAGAUGCUAAGGUGACGGAGCUCUAUGAAUUAGUCAAGAAGACUGAGUUCAUUUCCAGCAUCCUUCCCCAAACUAUAAGACGUCUCACUGCACUUGAAUCACUCCAUCGUGAAGCAAGUGAAUUUUCAUCCUCCCUUGCUAAGCUGGAAGCUUUCCAGUUAAAAAUAGCUACCAGUCUUGAAGGCAAUGAGAAGCUACUGCAGUCUGUUGAUAAAGGCUUUGCAGAGAAUGUUGAAACUAUUCAGAAGAAUAUGAAUGGACUUAAUGAGAGAAUAGCUGCUCUUAAAAAGUAAUGAAUUGCAAUUUAAUUAACUUUGUCUAAUUGAAUGACUAUAAUGGGUUAUUAGUUGACCAAUUUAAUUAUGCUUGGCUUUACUCAGAUAUGUUCUAUAUUUAUAUUAUUAAAAAUAAAUUAUGUACACAAUUA